UAUCUCAGAUGACCUGUUUAGAUAAAACAUCCAUGCUGUGUAUUUAUAGCUGGCCCUUUUAUGUUUUGUUUGCAUGAGCACUGUCUUUAGCGUGAUCUUUGUCUUCUUUGAGAGAAAAAAUAUACAUAUUUUCUAAAUAAUAAAAUACAGGAUAAUGGAAAUGCAGAUGUUUUUCAUACUUUGGAUUUUUGUAAUGCCUUAUUUUACAGACUCAACUGCAGCUAAAGCCAGAAAUCUUGCUUUAUAUGGCAAGGCCACACAAUCAGACCUGGUCGAGAACCCUUGGUCAGCAGAUGGCCAUGCUAGUAAUGCUAUUGAUGGCAAUCGUGACCCACAUUAUCACCACGGAUCUUGUACUGCUACUACAUUGCAAGAAGACCCUUGGUGGAGGCUAGACUUACUAGACAAGUAUGUAGUGACCUCCAUAACUAUCACCAACCGAAAAGACUGCUGUCCUGAAAGGCUUAAUGGAGCUGAGAUACACAUUGGGGACUCUCUGCUGAACAAUGGCAACAGCAAUCCACUGGCUGGAAAGAUUUCAUCCAUUCCAGGUGGGAGAUCCCUCACUUUCAAAUGGAAGAAAGGCAUUCCGGGCCGUUACAUCAAUGUGUUCAUACAUGGAUCUCAAGUUCUUACCGUCUGCGAGGUCGAGGUUUACGGUUAUCCAGCUCCUGAUGGUGAAAAUGUGGCAUUACAAGGGAGAGCUACACAGAGUUCUCUCUAUGGAAACGGCUUUGCAUUCAAUGUUGUUGAUGGGAACAAAGAUGCUGUUUACGUUCAUGGAUCCUGUUCCCACACCGAAAAAGCUCUCAAUCCCUGGUGGAGACUGGACCUGCUGAAAAGGCACAAGGUGUUUUCAGUAGUAAUCACAAACACAGCAGACAAUGUUCCUGAAAGACUGAAUGGGGCAGAAAUCAGAAUCGGAAGCAGCUUGGACCAAAAUGGCAAUAACAAUCCCAGGUGUGCCGUGAUCUCUUCCAUUCCUGCUGGUUUUUCCUCCACCUUUGAAUGUGAUGGGAUGGAAGGACGUUACAUUAAUGUUGUUAUCCCAGGACGGGAGGAAUAUCUUUCACUGUGUGAGGUUGAAGUGUACGGUUCACCACUGGAUUGAGAAGCACUUGCUUCUUUUUUAAAUCAGGAUUCCCAGCAUUCCAGGUCAUCGACGACCGUAAAACGCAGUGUAGAACACUCAUCAUUGCCACUCAGAAGGCUUAAUAAAAUUAGAGUUGGACAUA